UUCAUGUUAAAAAAAGGCGUUGUGCAAAAUAAUGUAAUUAAAAUCGGCAAAUAAAUUUUAUUUGUAAUUUCUGUUCAACUGUGUUGUUUUUGUGUAUAUUUACCACCAACAUUUUGUGUUCAUUUAAAAAAAAAUUCUAGAAAAUACGAACAAAAAUAAAUACAAAAUAAAUUUGUAUCCCUCUUGUCCAAAUGCAGCAGUAGCAAAUAUCCAAAAUGAACAACCACUCUAUCUCUGUCUCUAUCAUAUCAACGGUUUUAGCUGAAUUUAAAUAUCAAAAUCAACCAAUCAGAAACAAUCAUCAUCGUCAAAUUUAAAAACUCAACUAUUCAUUCAUUUUCCCCUUCCAUAUUCCAUCGAGAAUAAUAUUUCUGGAAAUUACUACCGAGCGACUCUCUUGUGCAAAAGAAAAUACAAAAAAAAAAAAAAAAACAAACAUUUCUCCUUCGAAGAGGGGAAACACAAAGCAAUUCUCAUUGCAGAGAAACGAACAGAGUACACUCGUGUUUCGCGCGGUGGUAGAUACAUAUUUAACGAAUUUUUUCCUCAGUCGAAUUCGUACAUGAGUUGUGUGUGGUGCGUGUUGAUAGUGUUGUUCUUUCGCUCUUCUCUGCCGUCAAUUUCUCUUCUCUGCUACUGACUCUGUGUGCUGCGCUUAACAGGGCAUAGAACAAGCAACAAAAACGAAAAUAAUCCAUUAAAAACAAAAGAAAAAGGCAAAAGCAAAGAAAAAAAAAGAAAUAAAACAAUUGUCUUGUGUUCCACAAAAAAGUGUUAAUAGAAGAUAAAAUUAGAAAAACAAGUUUUUUUUUAUUUCUUUUUUAUUAUUAACUGAUUUACAUUUUUCGAAGAACUUUUGAAAAAACUUUUAUACAGUUUUUUUUUUUUGUGGGUGAUAAUAAAAAAAAGUUAAAUUCGAAAAAAUAAAAUGUUUGAACUGGAAGAUUACUCAAGUGGAUUUCAUGAUGGAUUCCUAAAUAAAUAUGCGGACUCGUCAGGUCCCAAUCUGGAUUUUUAUAUAUCCGAUUCGUUGCAAGAUAUGCUAGACAUUGACAUUCGCAGUGAGGUUGCAACACUUGUAGGUGGCAGCAAUGAAUUCGGUUCAUUUGGCAAUGACCUGCCCUCGUCAUCAUCAUUUGAUCAAGCCGAUACAAUAUCCAGUGAUGCUGCUAGCACAUCCAAACAUAAAACAAAAAGUGAACCCUCAUGGGAACCCAAAUGGGAACCAACUUGGUCAUCAUCAAGUGAUUAUUAUUCCGAUGUUGGAGCUUGUGUAAAUCCAAUCACUGUUAUACCCAUCAUUUCAUCGAUGUUGUAUAGAUCACCAAAGACAACACUCAAUACAAAUGGCCUGCGUAAUACAUCAUCACCGCCAGGUAGUCCGGUGGAGAGUAAAAGUCAUUUGCAUUUUUCUCCACAACAAAUGAGAAUAUCCUACCUCCGACCGGAACAGCAGAAAAUUAAAAUAGAACCAAAUCAACAACAACAACACCAACAACAACCGCUACAACAACAAAAUAAUUCAAAUAUUGUAGUACAUCAACGUAAAAAUGUUGCAAUUGAUUCUAUCAAAAAGGAUCUAUCCUCAGAGCUGAGAAAAUCACCAAUAAGUCUGAUUAAUAAUGUUGUAAGUUCAUCUUCCGCAACUACCUCAUCAUCAAUAACAUCAUCAUCUUUGGCUGCAGCAAGCCAAGAACAAUCAAGACCAACAUCCACUGCCACCUCGACUUCUACAUCCACAUCAAUAUCAAUGACGCCACUGCCGACGUCCAAUGGAAUAAUCAAUUCAAAUGGAAUUAUAUCCACAGGAACGAAUACAAUAAAGCUUGCCCCAGGAAUUGGUGGUCUAACAUUCGCCAACAGUAUAACCUACAAUAAGCUUAAACAACAAUCCAACACAACUAAGUCGUCUUCGGGAACUCUUACAGCAAAUGGCAAUACAAUUGUUCUCAAAAGAGAUCGUGAUUCUAGUCCGCUGCACAAUAUGGCCACACUAAAUGGCAGCACUUCAUUUCUGGGCAAUCAAAUGUCUGGGAAAAUUCUAGCCCGGAAUGUUAUUCAUACAAAAAAUAUUUCACCAGCCACACACUUGCAGCAUUCCACCAACAAUUCGACAGCAACAUCAUCAUCGGUGUCAUCACCUUUGGCCAGUAUGUCGACACCCACACUCAUCAGUGUGAAACCGAGUAAGGUUAAGGUGGAAGUGGAGUCGGCGUAUCCCAAGCCAGCUUAUUCAUAUUCCUGCCUCAUUGCUUUGGCGCUAAAGAACUCCCGCAGUGGAUCCCUGCCCGUUUCUGAAAUCUAUAGUUUCAUGUGUGAGCAUUUCCCUUUUUAUAGGACCGCACAUGGCGGUUGGAAAAAUAGUGUUCGUCAUAAUCUAUCGAUGAAUAAAUGUUUUGGAAAAGUUAAGAAACCAACCACAAAUGGUGGACAGAGGAAAGGUUGUCUGUGGGCAAUGAAUCCUGAGAAGGUUUUAAAGAUGGAUGAAGAGGUUCAAAAAUGGUCACGCAAAGAACCUAUGGCAAUUCGAAAUGCUAUGGUCUUUCCUGAGCAUUUGGAGGCAUUGGAACGAGGUGAAAUGAAACAUGGCAGUACGGGCGAUAGUGAUGCAGAACUUGAUAGUCAGUCAGAGGUGGAGGAAACCAGUGAUUCGGAGGAAUUGGAUCAGGAACUGGAUGAAACGAUUGUUGAAACUCAUGAAAUGUAUGUAGAGGAGGAUGAUGAUAGUGGGCCGCAACAGCAUAGGGAUUUUGAUAUCGAGGUGGAGGAUUUUUACGAUGCCAUCGAUAUGGAAGACGACAAAGAAGCUGUACGCCUGCAAAUAAAUUCAAAUGAUAUCAUUGAAAUGACCUCAUCACCGACAUCUUCAAUCGACAACGAUUAUAAUUCACCGAAACGAGCUCGCUUAAGUGUUAAUUAUUCAAUAGGUCCUGCUGGUGAAGUGCAACAACAAUUUAAACAACAACAUUCUCAGCAACAACAUCAACAACAACAACCCCAAAUCAUACACCAACAACAACACACACAAAUAUUGACUACAACUAGCUCAUUUCAACCACAAAACCGAAGAAAAAUGCAAUUAGUCAAUCGGAUAGCAUAGGACGAUGAUGAUUUCGUUAUUUUCGAAGAUAAUUUUUGAGAUAUUUCUUCUCAAUAUUCUUUAAAAUGAAUGUGUUUUUCCUUCGAAAAAAUAAGUCAAUGUGUUCUCAAAAAAAAAAAUAUAUUGUAGAAUUUAUUCCUUUAUCAAUGUUUAUUAUAACUCCAUGUGGCAAUUUUAAACAAAAAAAAUAUAUUAAAAAUCAUGUCAACGUUGUAUACGUUUUUCCCCCCCUCCCCGUAAAAAAAAUAUGUUAAAAAAAAAUACACCAACGAAAAACUGUGUGUGUGGUCACAAAAAGAAAUACAAAUUUUAAUUUUUUUUUUAAAACUUUUUCGAAGUUUUUCGAAUUUUCAAGAACGAAAUUAUUUUAUGUUUUUUUUUUAUAUAAACCCAAAACUCUCCUAUUUUGAAGAUUCACUUAAUUUUUUCAAGUGAAUAUUGAAAAAUUACACACAAAAAAAAUGUUUACGCUUCUUUAAAAAUUUACACUUUGUUUGUUUUUGUUUUAGAAAAUGAAAUAGAAUUUAAAAAAUUAAAAAAUAAAAGAAAAUAUAUAUAAUUUUAAUUUUAAUAAGAGUUUAUACUGUAAGUAUGUAAAUAUUAGAUUUUUGGUAAUACGUAAUUUUAGUCUAUAAGAUUUAGUUGUUUAGAUCAUUCAUUCUCAUUCAAAAGUUAAAUAUUAAGUCAUUUAAAUAAUAUGUACCAUAAGCAAAAGUAUACACACUAGACUAAGAAAUUACUUGGUGUAGAGUUAUUAGUAAACAAAAUAAAAACUCUCCACCGAUUAAUUUCUUGCUACA